GUGGGUGCGUCAUCGCCCAGGCAGGCUGCAGGCAUCCAAAUAAAUCGCACCCUCUCCACCACCACGCCUGGACCCCGCCAAAAACCCUCCUACUCCUCUACAAACCCCCAACGCCACAAAAAUACACAACAAUAACAACUACAACUACCCCGUCCAGCGACCAACAAACACUCGUGAAGGAAGAGAGACACACCGCAUCCGCGGCCAGCAGCUCACCGCUUCCUCACCACCCACCCCGCCAAACCGGUCGUUUCCUCGCCAUCCAGCAGCCAUCAUGAUAGCGGAAAUCGGGAAGGUUUUGUUGCCUGGGCAUGUCAGGUCGCGCGGCGAGUCGUCUGCUAGUAAUCGGAGUAGUGUCGAUGAGGGGAGCGUUGGGGGAACGGAGGAUGAGACGACGGUUGUCGAGCCGGAGCAGGGGAAUGUUCUGUCGCAUAUUAUUUCGCAGUUGAGGCCUGGGGCGGAUUUGAGUCGGGUGGUGCUACCGACUUUUAUUUUGGAGCCGAGGAGCAUGUUGGAGAGGAUUACGAAUUUCAUGGCGCACCCAGAGACGCUAUUGCCGAUGGCUGAGAUUGAGGAUCCGGAGGAGAGGUUUGUGUCGGUGGUGAAGUUUUAUUUGAGUGGAUGGCAUAUCAAGCCACCAGGCGUUAAGAAACCACUUAAUCCGAUCCUCGGCGAGACGUUUACCUGUGCCUGGGAAUACCCUGACGACACAAAGGGCUACUACAUCUCCGAGCAGACAUCCCACCACCCGCCGAAGUCGAGCUAUUUCUUCAUGGCACCGGAGCAUGGGAUACACAUUGAUGGGUGCUUGAAGCCGCGAAGCAGGUUUCUAGGGAACUCAGCGGCGAGUUUGAUGGAGGGUAUUGCUAUACUACGGCUUAUGAACCAUGGGGGCCCAAAGGGGGAGAAAUACAUCCUCACCCAACCCAACAUGUACGCAAGAGGCAUCCUCUUCGGAAAGAUGAAGUACGAACUCGGCGACCACAGCUUCGUGCGCUGCCCCGAGCUCGGUCUCACAGCCGACAUCGAGUUCAAGACGAAAGGCUACUUCACCGGCUCCUACAACGCGAUCGGAGGGACGAUCAAGAACGACAAGACCGGGGAAGUGCUGUACGAGCUGAGCGGGAUGUGGACGGGCGAGAUGGACAUCAAGAACGUGCUGACGGGUAAGAAGGAAGUCCUAUUCGAUGCUUUGAAGACGAAGCCCACGCCUCCCCUCGUGAGGCCGCUAGAGGAGCAAGGGGAGAGGGAGAGCCAGAAGCUGUGGUAUCGCACUGCGCAGGCGGUUAUUGCGAGGAACCAUGAGGUCGCUACGGAUGAGAAGACCGCGGUGGAGGAUAUGCAGCGGAGAGAGGCGGCGGCCAGGUUAGCGGAUGGUGUGGAGUGGCGCCCGAGGUACUUUAGGGAGGUGCGCACUCGACCUGGGGAGUCGGAGGAGGGCGAGGAGGGUCUGGAUUGGAUCUUGAAUGCUGAUAUCGAUGGCGCCACUCCGGCGGAAAAGGCCAAGCAGAUCUUGGGGGUUAUCCCUAUCUUACCAGGACAGAGGUUCGAGGAGCGCAUGCCGAUUCCGCCGUCAAGGCUGUCGCGGGAAUCGACGCGCGGGGGGAGGCUGCAGGAUUUGAGGGCGUUGGAUGAUCCGUUGGCUGUUGGGGUGUCGGAGUCGAGGGUUCCUGUCCCACCGCCAAUGGUGAACGUAGCGGGGAACGACCUCAUAGACUUCGGACAAGAUGGAGCUCCUGUGCCGGUGCAGGCUCCUGUUCAAGAGGCCCCGAUUCAUCCAGUGGCACCUGUACCCGUACCUGCCUUUUCUGAAGGAGCUCCUAUCCAUUCCAGGGCACCCGUACCCCCACCUGUUGCCAUUCAAGGGGGUAUCCACCCAACGGCAUAUGCACCCGUACCUGCUGUCGCUCCGGGGUCUCCUAUCUUCCCCGCACCACAUGCACCGGUACCUGCUGCCGCUCAAGCAGGUCCCGUCUACCCAACGCCACAUGUACCAUUACCUGCUGACUUGUUAGCAGCACAAGUAGAACGCGGCGGACUGGCGCAGAGACAGAUGGAGGCGACGCUUGCUGAGACAGCCACGGGCAACAAUGGGAAGCCAGGGUCUCAAAGCCCGCUGCUUGAUUUCCACAAAGACCUCAACCAGUCACUGAGACGGGCGGAUUCGGACACGAGGAGCAUUGAUGAGUUUGUCGAUGCUGAGGGCUAGAUGGUGGGAAGAGGAUGGUAAGGGGUGGUUGGUGGAUAUAGUAGGGGUUUCGGGGCUUGGACGGUAGCAUGUUAGAAUGUGCUGUCAGCACGGUAAUAGGUAGGAACGGCUAAUCAGGGGGGGAUGGGACGCAUUGAUCUAAUCGACAUGCAGGCGUUUGUCGGGCUUUCGGCAUUGCAUGCAAAUGCUUGAGGUUUAUGAGCGGGUCAGCGAAUAGGGGGCAUAGAAGAGACCGUGUUUCGCUGACCGCUUCGCAAAGAACACAGACAGGUUCGCUGCUUUACCACUGCUUGUCACUUCAACGUGAUGCCAGCCCUGUGAAUGAGGGGCCCAGGGAUUGAGUGAUUGAACUGGGCCAUGAAAAAUGUCACAUCAUCUGUGCGGAAAAGUAAAAUGGGGUAGAAGCCACAAGGCUCGCGUUUUAAACUUUGCAAAUCGUUCUUUUUUUG